CUACUAUAAAAAGUUAAUUAAAUAAUUUGCAAUGCAAUUAAACGGCAUGUUCAACAAUAACCCAAUUCAGGCCUUAAUCAUAGUUCAACUUUUUAGCAUCAUUUUUGCGCCUGGUAGCGCACAAAGUGUGAUUGAUCGCCUGAGACCUGUGCCCGCCAAUCUCACACCCAAUGAUGACGUUAAAGUGGUGUCCGGCACCAAAGUGAAGCGCUAUGAGCGUCUAACUGUACCACUUGGUGGUCUUGGACCAGCCGCUGUGAUUGGUGGAGGACUUGGCGCUGGACUGCUUAGUCCUUUAAUACAUCCACAGCCAGCAUAUUUGGGUUAUGCAUAUCUGCCACAGUGGCAGGCUGGAGCCAAGAUGAUGGGAGAUGGUGAUUCGUCUGGUGCGAUGGGCAUGGUUACCUUUCAGCAGUUGCCCUACAAUAGUGACAUUAAGGUGACAAUUAACAUGACGGGAUUGCCGCCUGGAAAACAUGCCUUGCAUAUUCACACCUUUGGAGACCUCAGCGAGGGCUGCAAGUCAACUGGUGGCCAGUUUCCAAAUAAUUUUCUUGGCAAUCUGGAUGUGAAAGAUGACGGCAGCAUAUCGGCGGUGUUUAUGAGUAUUUAUCUACAGUUGUUUGGAUUUAAUGGAAUUGUGGGACGCUCCAUUGUUAUACACAGCAAGCCCAUCGAUCUAAACACAGCGCUCAAUGCGGAAGUAUUUUCAUCAUCCUUAGCAGUAAUGCCCAAUGCAUUGGCUUAUCAGAAUGAAGAAAUAUCCGUGGGUGCUCCCAUAGCCUGCGGUACCAUUAGCAUUAUGAGCACCAAUAUUGCAGCACCGGUUGUAAACCCGCCGCCAGCAGUGCCAGAACCUUAAUUUAUAAUGUAUGACUAUUCA